UGGUCGUCGUAAGAGCUUUGCUGAUAUCAUUCAGCGGCCUCAUUCGGCAGGGAACCAUCCGAUAGCAGAAGACAUCCAUGCCAUUUCUUCUGGUAUAGCUUCAGAAAGGACAAGAAGAUUACAAGAGUCUGAUGUAAGUUCGGUGAAUCUUUUGAGGGAGACAGAUUCACUCUCUAUAGAGGCUAUUGCUAGUGAAGAUCCUUUUACCUCUGAGUUGAGCUCACAAAGCUUUACCAACACGCAGAAUGAGAGAUCAAAUGCGAGGGUAGGGAGCCGCGAGGACAACAGUCUAUCUGCUUUUGGUGCUUCUGGUCCAUCCUCUGCUGCUUCUAGAAUGUGGGGGAACCAAGAAGAGCCAAGGAGAAUGCCUGUUCAAUACACACCUUCAUCAUACCAGAUUCAAGCUACUUCGCCACAACAAAUGACCUAUCCGAGGAUGGGUGGUAGUGGCACACACAACAUGAUGCAGAACUUGCCUAGGAUUGCAACUGGAGAGGUACGUUCGAGUUUCCAAUCUCCUCACGGUUUGACAUCGCCUCCUAUGUAUACAUCAACCGCAGGUUAUAUGACAUCUCUGAGCCCGUUUUACAAUCAUAACUUUCAGUCCUCGGGUAUGUACCUCCCUCAGUAUAAUUACAGCGGUUACCCUCCUGUCUCUGGCGUUGUCUCUCAGUAUAUGAGUGGAUACCCAUCUCAUGAAGCUACCAUUCCUAUGCCAUAUGAUAUCUCAUCGCCUUCUUCGGGCUACAACAACUCCUUCUCUCGUGGAUCCUUUUCACCUACUGCACAGAACACUCCUCUCGUGGAUCCUUUUCAGCUGCAAUAUUAUCAACAGGCUCAAGCAGAGGCAUAUGCUCCUUCUAAUAUGUACCUCAGAGCUGCAACUUUUUUUAGAAGCUUCUGA